AUGAAUCGAACUUCUAAUCGUCACUUGAUGACGGAGUGUAAAAUGCACUUUGACACUCAAUUCAAUGCGAGAUUACUAAACCAGACCCCAAGCUAUUUGAAAGUAAGAAAAGUACAUUAUGAGUGUUGGUAUAUAAAGAAAAUUGUUGGAAAAUCGAAAUUGGAGCAUGCUCCUUGA